AUGGAGUUCGCCGCCCGUGGCCGAUCAACCGCCGCGGUCGACGGCGUCGGCGACGGCGAUGGCCGCCGCUUUUCCGACCCUCCGCCGCCGAACGGCAGAGACGCUCACUCGGCACCUGAAAACAUGGCGGCGCUGGUGUUCAGGAGGGGGGAGCUGCUGCGGGAGUUCCACAGGGAGCGCAUCCGCCUGGAUAUGAUCUUGUGUGAUCUUGCUGAGACAGAGCGCGCCAUGACAGCGUGCUUAGCAAUGCCUGCAGCGGGGUGGGGUGCUUGGGGUGACAUGCCUUCGAUGCAUCAAUCCGAAGAAACCCUGUACCGGAAUCCGCGGUCAAGCGAGGAAACUUCUUGGUGGUGUGGGAACCCCUCAGAGCCAGUGAUACCUUUUUACCCUCACGUUGAACGGUCACCAUCACCAGUGCUGCAGCAAUGGCCAGUUGAUGAGGCUGAGCAGCAAGAAUGUGGCAGCUCAUCUAGGGCACUGGUGGUAGCUCCUUCAUUGUGUCCUGAUGUCGAACAACGCUGGUCACUGAGGAAGGAGCCUGCAGUUGAAGCCUUGGUACAAGCUGCCAUCAAUGUCGUUGCCAAUCCAACGGAGACGGUGUUGUUCAGUCAGAAGGUGACACCAGAGAGCCGAGCUGCUGUUAACCAGGAACAGGAACAACAAUUGAAGGACGGCCAUGGGGUGCAGCUGACGGAGAGUGGAAUCCAGAGAAGAGAACAGCCAAAGUUUCUAACCACUGCCAUUGGGCAAGAACGCGAAGAAGAAGUGAAGGAUAGCCAUGCCAUGCAACUGAUGGAGUGUGAAGUCCAGAGGAAUGGACAGCUAAACCAUGCAGCCAUUGUUCAGGGACGCGAAACAAAAGGGAAUACCAGCCAUGCGGUGCAGGUGAUGGAGAGCAAACUCCAGAAGAGUGAACAAGUAAAGCGUGGAGCCGUUGGUCAGGAAAACAAAGCUGAGGUGAAGGACAACCAUGAAGUGCUGAUGGAGAUGCAGGUGAUGGAGAGCAAAUUCCAGAAGGGUGAACAGGUAAAGCGUGGAGCCGUUGGUCAGGAAAACAAAGCUGAGGUGAAGGACAACCAUGAAGUGCUGAUGGGGAGUGAAAUCCAGAGAACUGAACAACCUAACCGUGCAGCCAUUGGCCAGGGACGCAGAGCAAAAGCGGAUGCCAGCCAUGCAGUGCAGGUGAUGGACAACAAAUUCCCGAAGAGUGAACAGGUAAAGCGUGGAGCCGUUGGUCAGGAAAACAAAGCUGAGGUGAAGGACAACCAUGAAGUGAUGGAGAACAAAUUCCAGAAGAGUGAACAGGUAAAGCGUGGAGCCAUUGGUCAGGAAAGAAAAGCUGAGGUGAAGGACAACCAUGAAGUGCUGAUGAAGAGUGAAAUCCAGCGAAGUGAACAGCCAAAGCAUGAAGCCUCUGGUCAGGAGCAUGGCGAAGAAGAGAACGACAGACAUGCCGCACAGCCCAUGGAGGAGAGUGGAAUACAGAGCAGUGAACAGCCAAAGCCUGCAGAGCGUACCAUCAACGAGCGUAUCGGUGAACCAAGGCAAUUAUCUCAUCGAUAUGCGCUGGCUGCCAAGGAGAAAUCCCCACCUAAUGAGCAGAAGAGACAAGUGUUUGACGACACUAGAACGCAAAUCACACCCUCUGUGCUGAAGAGGCCGAUUUUCAAACCGACCAUGAUAACUCCACCAGCAAAGAGGCACAAGCCACUUGACGAUUGGAGUUGCACCCUCUGCCAAGCGAACUUAACCUGUGAAGAAGACUUAACGGAACACAAAGAAGGCGAGCUACACCAGUCGAAACUCGCAGCAUUGCGAGCAAGGCACGAAGCCUCUGGAUUUGACUUGCGGAACCAUCUCAGGGGCAGGAGUCACCAGGAGAGCUCGCAGGCCUUGAACACAGAAGAAGGCGGCAAGUGUGCCAUUGACCGCAGGGGUGAAGACCCGAAGAACAAGUUUAUGGGCAACAGAAGGUUUCCUUUCUGCAAGCUCUGCAAAGUGGAGUGCACCAGUCAGAAGGUGAUGCAGUCGCAUCUCGCUGGAAAGAAACACCGGGAGAAUCUUCUGGCACGCCAUUGACUUGGUUGUCCAUGGCCAAGUUGAUGGUUCAAGUACCACAGGUCGGUGUAUGAUUACCAUGCUAACCUGUAGAUGAUAUCAGC